AUGGCCGCCGAGGUCACCGGCACAACUAUUUCCGCCGAUGCGCCCCUUAUGUCUGCUGGGCUCGACUCCAUCGGCGCCACAGAGCUCUCAAACAAAAUAAGUGCUCAUCUUAACACGGAGCUUUCCCCGACCCUGCUCUUCGAUCACCCGUCGCUGCGGUCCAUCGCCGACGCUCUGUCGGUUGACCACGAGACAGAGGGAGUAUUGGAGCUCGAGUUUGAGACUACGGCGCAAGAGCCAAGAGAUUCGGUGCAACGACCACAACAGAGCGCCAAGGCGCAAAGCACGCCGGCCAUCGUCGAGGCCAUCUCGAGCACGCUCUCGGAUAUUCUUGGGACGACUGUCGCCACAGACGCGCCGCUCAUGUCCGUGGGACUGGAUUCGAUCUCGGCGACGGAGUUCACGAACGCGCUCGCCGAGAAAUUCGACACGGAACUGCCGCAAACGCUCAUGUUCGACCAACCGACGAUCGAUGCGAUGGCUGGGUUCAUCGCGGAGACCACUGAAGCGCCGGUAGCUGCAGCGACCGUCGAGCGAGAGCAAAUGCCAACGACAACAAUGGCGACGGCCGUGGCAACGUCUGGACGGGAUGCCCGGACCGAGUCUUCCUCGCGUCACGACAGAUCAGCUUCACGUUGCCGGGCGGCUGCAAUGAUCCUACUGCAUUGAAGGAGCUCGGCUUGCGAGCGUGGACGGCCAACUCUCACUGGCCCGUCUCUCGCCUGGCGGCGAAUGAGCUGCAAGGAACUUCUGCGGCGUACGGCGCUUUCUUAGCACCUGAUGCAUUCAAAGCGGAUCCUGUGUUCUUCGGAAUUUCCAGGACGGAGGCGCGGGCCAUGGACCCGAUGGCGAUGCUGGUCCUCGAGACGACCUACGGCGCGCUCAGCGACUCGAGCUCCAAUUCUCGCGCCAAGCUGGCCAACGCGCCCAUCGGCUUCUUCCUUGGAGCUGGCGGGUCGACGUUUAGUAAGGGUUUAGAAACCGCAUCGGGAAACGCCACGAAGGCCCCUUCGGUGUACUCGGCGACCUCCGGCGCGCUGUCCGUGCUGUCGGGCCGCCUUUCGUACACGCUGGGCCUGACGGGCCCGUGCCAGACGACCGACACGGCCUGCUCGUCGUCGCUGGUUGCCGCGCACCAGGCGGUCUCGGCCCUGAAGCUCGGCGAGAGCCCGGCGGCGGCGGUCGCGGGCGUCGGCGUGCUGACGGUGUCGGUGUCGGUGGCGUUCUCGGCGGCGGGCAUGCUCUCGGCGCUCGGUCGGUGCCACACGUUCGACCGGCGCGCCGACGGGUACUGUAGGGGCGAAGGCUGCGGGGCGUUCUACUUCUCGACCGAAGCCGACGACGUCGCGGUGUCCGGGACGGCGGUGCAGCAGGACGGGCCGAGCGCGAGCCUCACGGCGCCGAACGGCACGUCGCAGCAGCGGCUCAUCGAAGCGGUCAAGGCUGGAAGUGGACCAUCGCUGGAGGCUCACGGCACGGGCACGGCGCUCGGGGACCCAAUCGAGGUAUGUGCUUACUUCUUAUUUCUCUGAUAAUUUUUGCGUCAUUGUAGGUGGGCGCUGCGACGCGGGCGUUGUGCAAGUCGACAGAACAUGGUGCCGCAGUGAUCCAGUGCACGUCGCUGAAGUCGAACGUGGGCCACCUGGAGCCGGCGGCAGCGGCAGCGGGCCUGGCGUCGCUUGUUGUGGGGCCGCUGAUGGAUUCGGUUGUUGCUGUUAACGCGCAAUUGCGCGGGUACGUCUCCUGUGUUUUUUACAUAGUUGUCGCUCACAUUCCCAUGUAGGCUGAACGCGCACCUGUCGUCGAUCGUGUCGUCGAAGCCGUUCCAGAUGCCUGUUGACGUAGCUCCACGUACCACAGCUCUCAGCGGUUCGCGACUGAGCUCGUUUGGAUUUAGUGGAACCAUCGCCCACGGCGCGUUCGAAGCUCGGAAGACAAUAGUAUCAAUGAGCAAUGAUUCGAAGUCGCUCUACCGUGGUCGCCGAUUUAUCACCUCUAGCGAGACG